UCCCCUCCCCCCCUCUCUCUCUCUCUCUACUUCUAUUCGUUUUCCGGUUCGAAUCUAUAGCUGUGUUUCGAUAUUCUCUCGAAUACCCAGAAUUUCGAUUUCCUUCCCCUUGCCCUUUUGGCAGAAGUUUAUGGAAUUUUCGUUCUCGUUCGUCCCUGUUCUUUGAUUUCUCAGUAGGGUUCUAGGGGUUAAGUUUUUUUUUUCUGGGAAAAUUUGGUGGAGAUGGGUUGUUUCUCGUGUUUCGAUUCGAGGGAAGAAGAGAAACUGAACCCGCAGAGGGAAUCCGAGGAUCAGAAGCUAUCUCAGCCCACAGUUUCCAAUCAUUUUUCUAGUUUAUCUUCUGGUGGGGAAAAGCUCAGAGCAAGGAGCAAUGGAGCAAGAGAACUACCGAGUCCAAAGGAUAAUGGGGCAGGUGCACAAAUCGCCGCUCAGACAUUUACUUUCCGUGAUCUUGCAGCUGCGACUAUGAACUUUCAUCCCGACUCUUUCUUGGGUGAAGGUGGAUUUGGACGAGUCUACAAGGGAAGGCUCGAGAGCACCGGUCAGGUUGUUGCUGUGAAGCAGUUGGACAGGAAUGGUCUGCAAGGUAACAGAGAGUUUCUGGUGGAGGUCCUUAUGCUCAGUCUUCUUCAUCAUUCCAACUUAGUGAACUUGAUCGGUUAUUGUGCUGAUGGAGAUCAGCGGCUCCUUGUCUACGAAUUUAUGCCCUUCGGUUCAUUGGAAGAUCACCUUCACGAUAUUCCGCCCGAUAAGGAACCCCUCGAUUGGAACACAAGAAUGAAGAUAGCUGCUGGAGCGGCAAAAGGGUUGGAAUUCCUGCAUGAUAAGGCCAACCCUCCUGUUAUUUACAGAGAUUUCAAAUCCUCCAACAUAUUAUUGGAUGAGGGUUUCCACCCAAAGCUUUCUGAUUUCGGGCUUGCUAAACUCGGACCAACGGGCGACCAAUCUCACGUCUCCACGAGAGUUAUGGGCACUUACGGUUAUUGUGCUCCCGAGUACGCCAUGACUGGUCAGUUGACCGUAAAGUCGGAUGUUUACAGCUUUGGUGUAGUUUUCUUGGAGCUGAUUACUGGACGUAAAGCUAUCGAUAGCGAGAAGCCACAUGGGGAGCAGAACCUCGUUGCUUGGGCGAGGCCGCUGUUCAACGACAGGAGAAAGUUCAUAAAACUGGCGGACCCGAGGUUGAAAGGGCGGUUUCCGAUGCGUGGACUCUACCAAGCUCUGGCAGUGGCUUCGAUGUGUAUCCAAGAGCAAGCGGCUACCCGUCCCCUUAUCGGAGAUGUGGUCACUGCCCUCUCGUAUCUUGCAAACCAAGGCUACGACCCGAACAAAGACGAGAGAAGAAGCCGUGAUGAAAGGGGCGGUAAGUUACUGUCAAGGAACGACGAAGGAGGGUCUGGAAGGAGAUUGGAUCUUGAUGGAUCCGAGAAGGACGAUUCCCCGAGAGAGACAGCUAGGGUUUUGAACAGAGACAUCGAUAGGGAACGAGCCGUGGCUGAGGCCAAGAUGUGGGGAGAGAAUUUGAGGGAGAAACGACGGCAAAGCGCUCAAGGAACUUCCGAAAGCAGUAACGGGUAGUACUGCUUUUCGCCUUCCGCUCUCGUCUUCUCGGGUUUUGCACCUUUUUUUCAUUCCCCAUUUUCACUGUGAUUUGCUCUGAAACAUCCCUGAAGACAGAAGAAGAUGAUGAAACACCAAUCCCAAUAGCCAGAACCAAGAGUGUACAUUAUGUGAUGAUGAUGCUAUAUGGGUGAAACACUAAUCCAAAAAAUUUUGAGGAGCAAUGUUCAAAUUUCACGAGCUUUAUGUUGUUGUUGUCUUUCCGGUGAGAGGAACAUCGGAUGUACAAUGUAAAGUAUGCAGUCUUCCUUCCUCUCUUAUGAUAACAUUUUUUAAAAAAAUCUGACUUUGAUGAA